UGUCGGACCCCUACUUGUAUCCGUAUAACGUCACUGAACAGAAUUUAAACAACCAAUAUGGCGACCCCCUCAAAACAACGAAAAACAAGUAAAAAUAUCAAACAGACAUCAAGUCCAAGCUUAGUAAAGAAAAAAUCGGUUGUUUUAACCAAGACUGAGACAGAUGUGAUCAGUGUAGAACAGGAGCUUGUGAUUGGGAGUUUUGUAGACACAGAUGAGUCACAUGACAGUCCAGUAAACAUUACUGCAAGUAAUACAACAGAAAAAGCACCAGUUUUUAAAAACCCAAAUUUUGUGCAUUCAAGUAUUGGAUCAGCUGGAAGUAAGAAGACGAGGGUGUGGAAAAAUCUCAAGCAGAUUGUUGCUGCAGAGAGGGCAUUGCCAUGGCAACCAGAUGACACUACCUAUGGUAUGAUAGAAGCACCCCCUUCUUUUAAGCCAGCCAUGAAGUACUCGGAUAUCUCAGGAUUGCCUGCGAAGUAUACAGAUCCUCAAACCAAAUUGAGAUAUACAACAGCGGAAGAAUUUUCCAGGAUUAAAAUGAUGCCGAGCGAUUUAGUAACAGGUUGUUUAACUUUACGAAGAGCAAAUAUACCAGUGUGAAAAGUGUCAGUAUGUUAAGUGAUUGUGUAAACUGACCAUGAUGCUUUAGAUAAGUUGAGUUAAGGGAAACAUCCUGAAAGACUGAAACAUCUGGUGAUAUGUAUGCUAUGUAUGCUGUAGUCUUGAUGGAGAGAUCUGUUCAGCAUGCCAUCUGUUCAGCAUGCCAUCUGUUCAUCAUGAUGUAAAGUAGCAAGGUUAUGUCUUCAAAGAAAGUGCAUUUAUACUGAGUCAUUACAAUUAUAAAGUUAUUAAUAGCGCUUUCCACAAAACAACAUGAAUUUGAUGCCUUUUAAUGAGUAUUAUUUCAGAAUAGACGGAAUUCUCUAAUAUGUUAAAGGUAUCUAUUAAGCUAGCACUUUGAUGGUUUAUGUUUCUACUCUAGUGUUGGCUGAUAUUAUAAAGAAUGCACAUUUGGGCAAGUAGUGUUACUCUUCACCAGUAAAAGUGUGUUAAAGUCCUGCACAUGACAGUAACUUAAACUUCACAGUCGAUCAAUAAAAUACAGUUCAUAAAUACAAUUUCGUUGAAUGGAAGUGAUUAGCCUUUGCAUCUUUUAUGAGAGCCAUGUCUGUCUGCACAUCCAUGCAGUCUGUAAAUGGUUAUAAAGUAGAGUUCUUAGAUGAGUAUUUAUAUUUAGGAACACAAAACCUAAAAUGUGGCAGAAAAAACCCCUUAUAUAUGAAGCUCACCAGAUGAAAAAAAUAUAUAAUACCAGUUCUGCAAAAAGAAAUACUUAUUUCCCAAAAGAUGAAUGUAGAAAGAUUAUGAAGGGUUUACAGUCAAAACAUUGCUGGAAGUAAGAGACAGGAAGAAAGAAAUUACUAAGUCAACUGCAGACAAUGCACUUAAAUACACAUAAAGACAUCAAAAUUUAAUGAUAAAGACUCCCAUUUUGACAUCAUUUUAUUGAAACUCUAUUUGAAAGGGUACUUACAGAUGUCGCUUGUUAAGUAUUCUUGCACUGAAAAACAGAAUUUAAUGCAUGCCAUAAUCUCGGCUAUCAUAAUGGAAAGAUGGAUAAUAUAAUUUCUGAUAUCAUAUCCUGAAGGAAUUUGCAUUUGACAUUGACAAGUAUUUUCAAGAAAGAAUGCAAAAUGGAUAAGAACAUGAGAAUUUGUUUGAAAUUAUGUUUUUGUCACAUUUUCUGUAAAUAAAAAAGUCAAUUAAUAAAAAAUGAAUAAAAAUGCGC